AUGCAGCAUGCUUCACGUAGCGUCCACUCUCAUCAACUUAGCGGUGGUAACACCGGCAACAGCCACGUCGACAUCACCUUACAUAGUCGUCACAACAAUGGUCACCAAGCCGACAGGGAUGUGAAUGCGCCAAGCCCCAAUUCCAAAUUCUUGCUUUCCGAUUUCAACAUCUGUCGUACCCUCGGCACCGGCUCAUUCGGUAGGGUUCAUUUGGUGCAGUCCAAGUACAAUAGUAAAUUUUAUGCAAUGAAAGUAUUGAAAAAAUCGGAGGUGGUAAGGUUGAAACAGGUGGAACACACGAAUAAUGAAAAGCACAUCUUGGAGCAAGUCAAUCAUCCGUUCCUAGUUAACCUCUGGGGAACUUUUCAAGACAGUGCCAAUCUAUACAUGGUCAUGGAUUAUGUGGUUGGAGGAGAACUUUUUAGCAUACUGAGAAAGAAUCAGCGUUUCCCGGAUCAAGUAGCGAAAUUCUAUGCGGCCGAAGUGAUCUUGGCCUUUGAAUACCUGCACUCGAAAGACAUAAUCUACCGCGACCUGAAACCCGAAAACCUAUUACUGGAUCGCAAUGGUCAUAUAAAAAUAACAGACUUCGGUUUCGCCAAAUACGUGCCGGACAUCACAUGGACGCUAUGUGGCACUCCUGAUUACCUGGCCCCUGAGAUCAUACAAUCCAAGGGAUACGGAAAGGCGGUGGAUUGGUAUUCGCUGGGCGUGCUAAUUUUCGAAAUGCUUGCGGGUUAUCCACCGUUCUACGACGAUGAUCACGUGAGACUGUAUGAGAAAAUAUUGGCGGGUCGAAUAAAGUAUCCGUCAUUUUUCGAGUCAGAUGCCAAGGAUUUAUUGAAACGGUUGUUGACGAGUGAUCUGAGUAAGCGAUACGGAAAUUUGAAAGGCGGAAGCUCGGAUAUCAAAAAUCACGUGUGGUUCAAAGGAAUUAAUUGGGAUGGUCUGGCCAAACUAGAGGUGGCUGCACCUUACCUUCCACGUUUCAACGGCGAAGGGGAUGCCAGUAAUUUUGAUAUUUACCCAGAGGAACGAGAACCCUAUGGGAAACCGUGUAGCGAUUUGUAUAGAGAUAAAUUUCCGAGUUUCUAA